AUCUAGUAUCUCACUCCUUGGUUACCCUAAAACGUUUUACUAGUCCAUCGGCAGCUUGACUUGUUAGUGGGUUUCGCGGGGUAAGCUGCUUCCAUCACUGUUGCUCACUUUGCAAUCAUCUGAGGUUGUCUGGGCUGGUGUUGAGCCACAGCAGCGGGUCGCUGUUCACUUGCACACCUGCUUAUUCACUUGUUUCUCUCAUCUUAUUAUGAUCCAAGACUUCCAAAUACACACAAAGAACAGUGAUCAACUUCAGGGCACAUGGCUUGCCAAGAGCAACCGCUAAUACACCAUUAGACAGCCCCGUGUUGCAACGUUCAUAAGCCCUCAGCAUGGCCUCGCAGGAGGUGCCCAAGACCUGCAAGGUCAUCCUCGCCGACACAAUAGCCAAGAAGCUGCUGGCUGAGGUCAAGGAAACGCUGGCCACCAUCCAGGGCGCUGACGCCCGCAAGCCCACCUUGGUUGCAUUCCUGGCAAACGAUGACCCGGCCGCCGGGCAGUAUGCCGACUGGUCCAAGAAGACAUGCGAGGAGAACGACUUCAACUUUGACCUCCGCAAGGUCGAUAAGGAGGACCUUGAAGAGGCCGUCUUGGCCGCCAACCAGGACGAUGCCGUGGACGGCAUCCUGGUCUACUAUCCCAUCUGGCGCAACAACCAGCAGCAGGACCGCUACAUCCAAGAGACGGUCGCCCUCUCCAAGGACGUCGAAGGUCUCUGUCACACCCAUCUCUUCAACAUGUACCACAACGUGCGCUUCCUCGACCCGCCCACGAACCAGAAGAAGUCGAUCCUUCCCUGCACGCCGCUGGCCAUCGUGAAGGCUCUUGAACACCUGCAGAUCUACAACCCCAUCCUGGCCUACGGAAACCGCCUGUUUGGCAAGACCAUCACCGUCAUCAACCGCAGCGAGGUCAACGGCCGCCCGCUGGCCGCCCUGCUGGCCAACGACGGCGCCACCGUCUACAGCGUCGAUAUCACGGGAGUGCAGCUCUUCACCCGCGGCAGCGGCAUCCGCGCCCCACGCCACCAGGUCCACGACAAGGAGGGCUGGCAACUCAAGGACGUGCUGCCGUUGAGCGACGUUGUCAUCUCGGGCGUGCCCUCCGAGGACUUCAAGGUGCCCACCGAGCUGAUCCGCGACGGCGCCGUGUGCAUCAACUUCUCGAGCUACCGCAACUUUGACGGGACCGCCGUCAAGGAGAAGGCCAGCAUCUAUGUGCCCAGCACCGGCAAGGUGACCAUUGCCGUGUUGCUCCGGAACCUGGUGCGCCUCAUUGCCAACCGUCAGCCUCCUGAGGGGUCAUCGGAUGCUGCCCGAAAAGCACGGAACGAGGCAUUCAAAGAUGAUUGAUAUACAGCUGGAUUUCCGCCAAAUUUCUCGCAUAUGUUGCAUUUAGACGCCGUGAGUUGGAAGAGGGUCAGGAAACAGACGGCCAUUGCACCCAGAAAUACGGGAGGAAGCCGCCACGAUGGAGGUGUUCCCAGUUGCGUAAAGUUCAGGGACUGGACAGAAAAGUGACCAAAACAAGAGGUUUCUCAAAAGCAAAGCUCAUUUCCGAUCGUCCUGGAUCAAGUACUAGAUUCCACAAAGCCGAUAUAUGUUAUACACCAAAGCCGUACCUGGGGUAUCAAACCAAC